UCAUGCUCGGGGAGCCGGGCCUGGGCCGCGGCGCGGGGUGGCGGGAGCGGGCGGUGCCGGAGCGGAGCGGCGUGGGGGGUCGGUGCCCGGCGGGAUGUUCCGCAAGGCGCGGAGGGUGAACGUGCGGAAGCGGAACGACUCGGAGGAGGAGGACGAGGAGCGCGACGAGGAGCCGCCUCAGGAGCCGGCGCCGGCGGCCGGGGCGGGGGGGGAAGGGCCCGGCGAGGCCUCCAUGGCGCUGGCGGCGGGCCCCGGGCUCCUGCCGCUGCCCGCCGGCUGCGUGCCCCUCGCCCUGCCCGGCAGCCCCGCGGCCUUCGCUUGCGCCGCGGGCUACGGCGCGGCUCUCGGCUUGGGGCUGGGCUUGGUGGGAGGCGACAGGGCAGGCCUGGGGGCUCUGCCGGCGCCCGCUCUCCUGCCCCCCCCGCCGCCGCCGCAGCAGCAGCAGCAGCAGCAGCAGGGCAACGGGCUGCCGGGCGCCGGGCGCCCCAAAGAGAAGAAGCGGCCGCGGGAGAACAAAGAAGUGCCGCGGGCCAGCCUGCUCAGCUUCCAGGACGAGGAGGAGGAAACUGAAGAGGUUUUUAAAGUGAAGAAAUCAAGUUACAGCAAAAAGAUUGUAAAACAACUGAAGAAAGAAUACAAAGAAGAUCUUGAAAAAUCAAAAGUUAGAACAGAGGUCAAUUCUCCAACAGAUGUCGAACCACCGCUAGAAAAGACAGGACAGAUUAAGGAUAUAGGUCAAGAAGAUGGGACUGCAAACAGUGAGCAUGGUGAAGAAGAAAUGGAAGUUGAAAGUGAGAAGGAAGAAGAAAAACCAAAAGCUGGUGGGGCUUUUUCAAGUGCUCUGUCAUCACUGAAUGUUCUCCGCCCAGGAGAAAUUCCAGAUGCUGCUUUUAUUCAUGCCGCUAGGAAAAAGCGUCAAAUGGCUCGUGAACUUGGAGACUUUACCCCCGUUGACAGUGAACCAGGUAAAGGCCGCCUUGUUCGAGAAGAUGAAAAUGAUGCCAGUGAUGAUGAAGAUGAUGACGAGAAGAGGAGAAUAGUUUUUACAGUGAAGGAAAAAUCCCAAAGGCAAAAGAUUGCUGAGGAAAUAGGUAUUGAGGGAAGUGAUGAUGAAGCACUGGUGGCAGGGGAACAAGAUGAAGAACUCAGUAGAUGGGAGCAAGAACAGAUACGGAAAGGAAUCAACAUACCUCAGGUUCAACCAAGUCAGCCUGCUGAAGUGAAUAAUCUGUACUACCAGAACACUUACCAGACACUGUCUUAUGGUUCAUCAUAUGGCAUUCCAUACACUUACGCUGCAUAUGGAUCAUCGGAAACCAAGUCUCAAAAAACAGAUAAUACAGUUCCUUUCAAAACUCCCAGUAAUGAGAUGACUCCUGUUACUAUUGAUUUGGUAAAGAAACAGCUUAAAGACAGGUUGGACUCUAUGAAAGAAUUGCACAAAGCUAAUCGGCAGCAAUAUGAGAAACAUCAGCAAAGCCGAGAGGAUUCUACCAAGGCAAUUGAAAGAUUAGAAGGGUCUUCUGGGGGUAUUGGUGAACAGUAUAAGUUUUUGCAAGAAAUGCGAGGGUAUGUCCAAGACUUGCUUGAGUGUUUCAGUGAAAAGGUGCCUCUGAUUAAUGAACUUGAAUCUGCAAUGCACCAGCUGUACAAACAGCGAGCUUCCCGCCUUGUCCAAAGACGACAAGAUGAUAUUAAAGAUGAAUCUUCGGAGUUUUCAAGCCAUUCAAAUAAAGCACUGAUGGCACCAAAUCUUGAAUCUUUUGGACGAGACAGAGUGAUCUAUCAAGAACAAGUAAAACGUCGGACUGCAGAAAGAGAGGCUAGAAGAGCUCGUCGUAGACAAGCAAGAGAGCAAACUGGGAAGAUGGCAGAUCACCUUGAAGGCCUUUCCAGCGAUGAUGAGGAAACUUCAACGGAUAUUACAAACUUCAACAUGGAGCGAGAUCGUAUAUUGAAAGAAUCCAGCAAAGUUUUCGAAGAUGUUUUGGAAAGCUUUUACUCAAUUGAUUGUAUUAAGUCACAGUUUGAAGCUUGGCGCUCAAAGUACUUUGCUUCUUAUAAGGAUGCUUAUAUUGGCCUCUGUUUACCAAAGCUGUUUAACCCUUUAAUCAGACUUCAGCUGCUUAUCUGGACUCCUUUGGAGGGCAAGUGUCGAGAUUUUGAGACUAUGUUGUGGUUUGAAUCAUUGCUGUUUUAUGGCUGUGAAGAACAGGAGCAAGUGAAAGAUGAUGCUGAUAUUUCACUAUUGCCUACCAUUGUAGAAAGAGUUGUUCUUCCUAAAUUAACAGUGAUUUCUGAAAAUAUAUGGGAUCCUUUUUCUACAACACAAACAUCUAGAAUGGUAGCAAUUGUACAGAAACUAGUAGAUGGAUAUCCUUCAGUGGUGAAUGCAGAAAACAAAAAUACACAAAUGCUUUUAAAGGCAUUGUUGCUAAGAAUGAGGAGAACACUAGAUGAUGAUGUAUUCAUGCCCUUAUAUCCAAAAAACAUCUUAGAAAACAAGAACUCUGGUCCGUAUUUGUUUUUCCAACGUCAGUUUUGGUCCUCUGUUAAGUUAUUAGGAAACUUUCUCCAGUGGUAUGGAAUCCUUUCAAACAAAACCCUCCAGGAACUGUCAAUAGAUGGUCUGCUAAAUAGAUACAUUCUUAUGGCUUUUCAAAACUCUGAGUAUGGAGAGGACAGCAUUAAGAAAGCUCAAAGUGUAAUUGCUUGCUUUCCUAAACAGUGGUUUGCUAAUCUAAAAGGAGACAAGACUAUUUCUCAGCUAGAAAACUUCUGCAGAUACCUUGUUCAUCUGGCUGAUACAAUUUAUAGAAACAGCAUUGGUUGCUCUGAUGUGGAGAAAAGAAAUGCGAGGGAGCACAUAAAGCAGAUCAUAAAGCUUCUGGCAAGUAUCCGAGCACUGGAUCAUGCUGUGACAGUUGCAAAUGAUCACAAUGUCAAAGAAUUAAAGAUCUUAAUAGAAGGAAAAUAGACUUUUCUGGCAACUCAUUUUGAGCUUUAAAACCAUUCCUGAUGUGUAAUUUAUGUACAUAUGUAAAGUUUCUUAAACUGUAAAGUAUUGAUCUUUGUUUUAAUACAAAGUGCAUUCUUAUAUACAGCAUCCUUAAAAAAAAAAAAAUUGACUUCUUUGAAAACAAAAAUGGAAUCCCAAGAUUGUCAUCUUUCCAGAAAUCAGAUUUUCCUUAAGGUUUCUCAAAGUCUUGUUUACAAAAAUACUUUGUACCCAUGAUUAGUAGUCAUCUACUCCUGUUAAUUGUUCCAUGGUUAACUGGAAUGUGUAUAAUAUAUUAUGUGUAAUACAAUGUAUGCGUAUAUUUAUACCACCAUGUUGCUUUCACACUGGAUAUAGAGAUCUUGUACUGUUGGAAUAAGCUUUUCAUUUGCUAAAAAAUUCUUAUUUUGACAAUAAAAUGAUCAUAUUAUUGGUCAAAAGGGCUGGCAAAACAUUCAAAUAUCUGAAAAUCAUUUGAGCUAAGGAGUAGAGACACUUUCAAAUGGAGCCUGACCUUUAAAAAGCAGCUGUGCUGCACUCAAAUUGGAAUAGCUAAAAAAUUAUCUGCAUUCAGAAUAUGGAACUCUUAAGACUGUUCUUGGAAACAAAACAGAAAGGAAAACCCAAAUCAAUGCUUAAUUAUUUUUUUCUUAAUACAGGCAUACAAUGAGAACUUGUGAUUAUUGCACAAGUCUACAUGACAGCACUUCGUAAGGCCCAAGCACCUUUAAUUUGUAGGAGAAAUAGUUUACCCAUGAACUCUGGACCCUCACUCCUUGUGCAAGUUGGUUAAAUUCACUGUUUGUGGGUUGUUUGGGGUGUUUUUUUGGGGUGGGGUGGGGGCGGUUCUAACUUCAUACAUGGAACCUGUUUCUUCUGAUUGGUAUGGCUAAAGAUGUCAAGCAAAAUGAAGGUGAAGAAAAUUUUAUGUCCCAUGAUUUGAAAUACUUAUAUUGUAGUAAAUAUUCAAAUGUUACACUUCCUGCUGAAUAGCAUCUAAGAAUAGUCUUGCAAAAAAAGCAUUUAAUUUAAGUGUAAAUUAAAAAGAAAACACUUCAAAAAUCUGGUGAUUUACAUAGGAAUGCUAGUGACUUGACCUUGGGGUCCAAGGCGUGGGAACAGCUGUAAUAGCCUUGGAUUAAGAGCUAUUUCCAGGUGUGCCCUACUUUUUGGGGGGAGAACUGUAGCAAUAAAUCGGCAUACUGAAUAACGUAAGAAAUCAUUGUAUCUUAUGCUCAUGUCAUGCGGUAUAAAUGAGUAUAUUAAAAAUGUACAAUUUGUAACAUGGACACUUCAUUUGGACACUGAACAACUGUUUUUCUGAACUGUUGGGAUUGAUGGAGUACAUUCAGAAAUACCUGCUUUUAAAAACUGUUUCAAUAAACUCGUCUAUCAAGGA